AUGUCAAAUCCCUCCAAACCCACAUCUCCCUUUGGGGAUGAUAGCGAGCAUCAAUUAGGAUCUGCAUCAAACGGGCUACCGCCCAUGUCACCCUUCGAUGAUAGUUUUCAAUUCGAAAACCCAGGUAAAUCUCAUGGAAGUAUUGAGUUAGCAAAGACCAAUGGUUCCAUUCUAAAACGACAAUCCAAGCCAAUGAAAGAUAUUGGUACACCCGAUCUAUCAAAAGUGACCUUUGAUGGAAUCGACGACUAUAGUAACGAUAAUGAUAUUGACGACGAUGAUGAAUUUAAUAGUAAAAAAAACGAGAUUCAUGAGCAUGCAAAUGAAGUAUAUGAUGAUAUCCAUUCGUUCCAGGCAACACCAAUACCUAAUUCAGGAGGAUUUGAGGAUGUUGAGCUAAAUAACAACGAGAAUAACAAUAAUGACUCACAAACAGAACAUGAAUUGAAAAGAGUACGCUUCGGUACAAGAAGAAAUAAGUUCGGCAGAAUGGAUGUGAAUAGGUCGAAAACCUUAAAAUGGGCCAAGAAGAACUUCCAUGAUGCCAUCGAUGAAUUCAGUACUAAAGAUGAUACCCUGGAUAAUUCAGCCUUUCAGAACAGAUCAGAUGAAUUAAGAACUUUGUACUACAAUUUGCCUUUGCCAGAGGAUAUGUUGGAUGAAGACGGCUUACCAAAAGUUGUUUAUCCCCGUAAUAAAAUCAGAACUACGAAGUACACACCGUUAACAUUUUUCCCCAAAAACAUUCUAUUCCAGUUUCAUAAUCUCGCCAACAUUUAUUUUCUAUCACUGUUAAUCCUAGGUGCCUUCCAAAUUUUUGGUGUGACAAAUCCAGGAUUUGCAGCCGUUCCCUUGAUUGUUAUUGUCAUUAUCACCGCCAUUAAGGAUGGUAUUGAAGAUUCUAGAAGAACUGUAUUGGAUUUGGAAGUCAAUAAUACAAGGACGCAUAUUUUAACCGGUGUGAAAAAUGAAAAUGUGGCCUUUGAUAAUGUUUCCCUAUGGAGACGGUUUAAGAAGGCAAAUACUAAAGGUUUAAUAAAGGUUGUUGAGUAUUUUUCUGAAAAUCUUACCGCUGCUGGUAAACAGAAGAAACUGCAAAGAAAAAGAGAGGAACUACGCAGGAAGAGGAACUCAAAAAGUUUUGGUCCUCGUAGUUCCCUGGAUUCUAUCGGUAGUUAUAGAAUGUCUGUGGACUAUGCUCGCCCCUCUCUAGAUUACGAUAACUUGAACCAAACAAUAUCUCAAGCAAAUAACAACAAGUACGGUGAUGACGAAAAUUUGGUCGAUAGAUCACUGCAACCAAGUCCCGAUUGUAGAUUUGCCAAAGAUUUCUGGAAAAAUGUGAAGGUUGGCGAUAUCGUUCGUAUUCACAACAACGAUGAAAUUCCCGCGGAUUUGAUCUUACUAUCGACUUCUGAUGUAGACGGUGCUUGUUAUGUGGAAACCAAGAAUUUGGAUGGUGAAACAAAUUUAAAAGUUCGUCAAUCACUAAAAAGUACCAAAAGUAUCAAGAGUUCGAGAGAUAUUGCCAGGACGAAAUUCUGGGUAGAAAGUGAAGGGCCUCAUGCCAACUUGUACUCCUACCAAGGUAAUGUCAAAUGGCAAGAUAUUCAAAACGGUGGUGUCAAAAAUGAGCCGGCCAAUAUCAAUAAUGUACUGCUUAGAGGUUGUUCUUUGAGAAAUACCAAGUGGGCUAUGGGUAUAGUUAUGUUUACUGGUGAUGACACUAAGAUUAUGAUAAACGCUGGUGUUACUCCAACUAAAAAAUCUAGAAUUUCGAGAGAGUUGAACUAUUCUGUUCUUUUAAAUCUCGGAAUGUUAUUCAUCUUAUGUUUUACUACUGGUAUCAUUAAUGGUGUUUAUUAUACGAAGAAAUCUCAAUCGAGAGUGUUUUUUGAAUUUGGUACCAUUGGAGGUUCUGCAUCCACAAAUGGUUUUAUUACGUUCUGGGUUGCAGUUAUUCUUUACCAAGUUCCAAUCUCCUUGUACAUUUCUGUGGAAAUAAUCAAGACUGUGCAAGCUAUAUUCAUUUACACUGAUGUUCUUUUGUAUAAUGCCAAACUAGACUAUCCGUGUACACCAAAAUCGUGGAACAUCUCCGAUGAUUUGGGCCAAAUCGAAUAUAUUUUCUCAGAUAAGACGGGGACGUUGACACAGAAUGUUAUGGAAUUCAAAAAAUGUACAAUCAAUGGUGUAUCCUAUGGACGUGCUUAUACAGAGGCCUUGGCUGGGCUGAGAAAAAGACAAGGUAUUGAUGUUGAAUCAGAAGGUCAUCAUGAAAAGGAGGCAAUAGCAAAAGAAAGGGAAGUCAUGAUUGAUGAAUUAAGAUCGAUGUGUGAUAAUUCUCAGUUCUCUCCUGAUGAAUUAACUUUUGUCUCUAAGGAAAUUGUAGACGAUUUGAAAGGAACCAGUGGUGAUCAUCAACAAAAGUGUUGUGAACAUUUCCUGUUAGCGCUUGCAUUAUGCCAUUCUGUUCUUGUGGAACCGAAUAAGGACGAUCCCAAGAAACUGGAUAUUAGGGCGCAAUCACCUGAUGAAUCGGCUUUAGUGUCCACCGCCAGACAACUGGGUUACAGUUUCAUUGGUAAUGCGAAGAAGGGAUCAAUUGUUGAAAUCCAAGGUGUUCAAAAGGAAUUUCAAGUAUUAAACAUUCUCGAAUUUAACUCAUCAAGGAAAAGAAUGAGUUGUAUUAUCAAGGUUUCUGGUGCCACAUCGAGCGAUGAACCUAAAGCGCUCUUGAUUUGCAAGGGUGCGGAUUCAGUUAUCUAUUCAAGAUUGCACCGUACUAAAAAUGACCCCACGCUAUUAGAAAGAACGGCUCUCCAUCUAGAAGAAUAUGCCACGGAAGGUCUAAGAACUUUGUGUUUGGCACAGAGAGAACUUUCAUGGUCCGAAUAUGAGGAAUGGGUCAAGACCUACGAUGUUGCGGCUGCUUCUGUGACUAACAGAGAAGAAGAAUUGGAUAAGGUCACGGAUGUUAUUGAACGUGAGCUUAUCCUUCUUGGUGGUACGGCCAUUGAAGAUCGUUUACAAGAUGGUGUUCCCGAUUCUAUUGCUCUGUUGGCCGAAGCUGGUAUCAAGUUGUGGGUCUUAACGGGUGAUAAAGUAGAAACUGCUAUUAACAUUGGGUUUUCGUGUAAUGUUUUGAAUAAUGAAAUGGAACUGCUAGUGCUAAAGACUACGGGAGAAGAUGUGGAGGAGUUUGGUAGUGAUCCCACACAAGUGGUGAACAGCCUAGUGACAAAAUACUUGAGAGAGAAAUUCAACAUGAUCGGCUCCGAAGAGGAAUUGGCAGAGGCCAAGAAGGAGCACGGUUUACCAAAAGGAGAUUUCGCAGUCAUCAUUGAUGGUGACGCAUUGAAGGUGGCCUUGAACGGUGAAGAUAUGAGACGCAAAUUUUUGUUAUUAUGUAAGAAUUGCAAAGCCGUCUUAUGUUGURGAGUAUCACCAGCACAAAAGGCCGCGGUGGUCAAGCUGGUCAAGAAUACUUUGGAUGUCAUGACCUUGGCCAUCGGUGAUGGUUCCAACGAUGUGGCUAUGAUCCAGUCUGCAGAUGUCGGUGUAGGUAUCGCCGGUGAAGAAGGUAGACAGGCUGUGAUGUGUUCUGAUUAUGCCAUUGGGCAGUUCAGGUACGUGACAAGAUUGGUGUUGGUGCACGGUAAAUGGUGUUAUAAGAGAUUGGCAGAGAUGAUUCCGCAGUUUUUCUACAAGAAUCUUAUCUUUUUGAUGGCGUUGUUCUGGUAUAGUGUUUUCAAUAACUUCGACGGGUCGUAUUUGUUCGAGUACACGUAUCUGACAUUUUACAAUCUGGCAUUUACGUCAGUACCGGUCAUCCUACUAGCCGUGUUUGACCAAGACGUCUCCGACACCGUGUCGAUGCUGGUGCCACAACUGUACCGGGUGGGUAUUUUAAGGCAAGAAUGGAACCAAUGGAAGUUUAUUUUGUACAUGCUUGACGGUGUGUACCAGUCCGCGAUAUGCUUCUUUUUCCCCUACCUAGUGUACCACAAGAACAUGAUAGUAACCAACAAUGGGCUCGGACUAGACCAUCGUUAUUACGUAGGUGUGCCGGUCACGGCAAUUGCAGUCAUAUCCUGCAACCUUUACAUUUUCAUGGAGCAACACAGAUGGGACUGGUUCUGCGGACUUUUCGUAGCGUUGUCGGCCCUUGUGUUCUUUGGAUGGACAGGGAUCUGGACCAGUGCAUCAUCGAGUAACGAGUUUUUCAAGGGCGCGGCCCGAAUCUUCGGACAACCUACGUUCUGGGCGGUUCUCUUUGUCGGCAUACUGUUCUGUCUAUUGCCAAGGUUCACCUUCGACUCCUUCAAAAAGAUCUUCUAUCCGAGAGAUAUAGAGAUCAUCAGAGAAAUGUGGCAGCGCGGUGAUUUCGAUCGCUACCCAGAGGGAUACGACCCCACGGACCCCAGCAGGCCCAGAAUCGACGGCGCACUCGCAUGCAUGGACUUUAAAAAGUCUAUCUCGCUAGGCGCCCACCUCGAUGAUGGCAUUAGCCACUCCCAGGAAACCAUUAUCACAGAGGAAAUCCCCAUGAGCAUCCUCGAGGGCCAACAGGGCACACUCAAGGGAUACCGCGUGUCCACCUCGAUGGACCGUGGACUGCUCACACCCACCACAGCGCCUAUGGACAUGCCCAGACGAUCCAUGGCCAGCGCCCGUGGCAGCAGGCUUAGAACGUCGCUGGACCGUACCAGAGAGGACAUGCUGGCCAAUCGCCAGUUGGACACACGCUACUCAGUAGAACGUGCACGUGCCUCGCUGGACUUGCCGGGUAUCACCCACGCAGAGACAUUACUCAGCCGCCACAGUCGCGACCAGCCGCGCUAG